AUGGACUCUUCAACAGCGGUGGAGCUUCUGGAUCUUCUAGACGAGCAAAUCGAUGACCUCAAGCCUGCUAUCGAACCCCUCCUCACGGACACUAUUUCCGGAGCUGCCAUACAACUCCCAGUCGUUGAUAAAGCCAAACUCUUCGUUCUCACAUCUUAUGUUCUAGAAUCUCUUUUGUUCUCCUACCUGAAACUAAACAACACCGACCUCAAGUCCCAUGCAAUCAUGUCCGAGCUUGCGCGCAUUCGCAACUACAUGACAAAGAUUAAGGAAGCCCAGCCAAAUAUGCAUAGGCGCGAAAUGACCAUCAACAAGGAAGCCGUGGAGAGAAUCGUCAACGCUGGAUUAGCAGGGAACGACAAGUGGGACGCUGAGAACGCUGACACGAAGGCUAAGGAGCGUGCAGCGGCAUUGGCAAAAUUUAAUGCACUAAGCGAGAAGAUCGAAAGGGAUACAGCAACAUUGUCCAAAAGGCAAAGGCAAAGGCAAAGAAGAGCAAAGCGGAAUCAAGAGGCUGCUGCGGCUCAGAGGGAGCUAGAUUACGAUGAGUCCGGAGAAGUUGUUGCAAUCGACGGCGGCGAUGAGGUGUUGGAGGACGCCGGGAAGGGGGAGGGGAAGGCAACGGCGGAGAAGGUAGAAGCUAGGGUUAAAGGGAUAGAAGCUAAAGCCGAGGACGGAGAAGUCGUGGAGGAGAAACAGGCCGGACCUUCCAAGAGGACUAAACAGUCAAAAAAUCGUUCAAAAAAGCGUCGGAAGCUGGCUACAGGGAAAGAAUAAUCUCUCCCAUCGACAAUCUCACGAUCGGGUAAUACAGUGCGGUGGCCAUCUUUGCGAUAUUCCACCUCAGAGAUUUUCAUUCAACCUUUGCUAUUUUUCUUUGCCUUAAAAAUAUCAUAGCUUUCCACUUGGUCUCUCUGACUGUUCGCGAUGCUUCAGGUUUUGUAUAAUAUCAUAGAUAACUUUGGGGCUUUAGGGUGUCUCUUUUUAUCAUAUGAUAUCAUACCAUGAAAUUUCUAUUCUUACCA